AUGUGGCUACUAGGUUCCUUUUGGUGGACCACUGUAUCCGUCGAAAAUUGUUUAUUGUUUAAUUUACAAAUUAACUCACACUGGGGCGAGCCUGUUAUUAGAACUCCACUAGGAAGCACGAAUAACUGCUCAUAUGCUAUAGGUAACUGCACAUUGGAAGAUAAAACGGUCCUUGAAUGGGUCCCAAAUAAAAAUCAAUUAUGUAGAUAUUUAAAGUUUGGGGAGUAUAAUGGGAAAAUUUUGGACAAUACUUGGCUUUCAGACGAUGCACAAUUAGCACUGCACUUUAGUAAACCUACUAAUAAAUUAACUGACUGUGGAAUAGAAUUAGAAGUCUCAGAACAAGGAUUUGCCACAACAAUAAAAUCGACAAGACCUAAAAGAAGCUUAAACACUGAAAAACUGGGUAUAGUAACUUCGCCUGAAAUGGCUGCUGAACUAACGUAUCUUGACACACAACUAGCCGAAACACUAACAUUUACUUUUACUCACUCACUUAAAGCACUUUGUGACCAUUUAGAAGAAGUAAAAAGAUGGGCACUAGCCUCGCUUAUUUCUAAUCCCACUGAUCUUGCAAGAAUAAUAUUUGGAAAUAAUUAUUUAAUUGCAAAACGUGAAGGCUCCUCUUUAUUAAGAAUUUGGCCAUGUAUUGCACUAAAAGAGGAAGAAUUUAAUUUUAUUCCAACUAAUUUAGAAGAAUGUUUUGAACUCAUUCCCAUUCAACUAACUACUGAAAAUCAAACACAUUUGGCGUUCUUAGACCCAACGACAAUGAUAGUUCAACCAACAUCAAAGAAAGCACCAUGUGCACAAUUUAAAAAUUUAAUUUUAGAACUGAACCAUAACACUUUAGAAAUUAAUCAACUAACUGGGGAAGUAAAAACGGUCCAUCCAAGAUUAAUUAAAAAGAAUGAAUUAAGGGCUUUUGACAUACCUGAAAUUAAGGCCCACUCAUUUCACCAACUAGUCUUAGUAAACCUAACAGACAUUAACACUCACACUUACAUGACUAACUUUGCCAAAUUAAGUGAACUGUCAUACCGAAUUGAAAGUAAAGACAUGAUUAUAACCAAAACACUUUCAGAACAGUGGAAGGAAGCAAGCAUGAAUUUAACAAAAGAAGUAUUAGGUGACUAUACUUGGGCUUGGAAAGUAAUAGCAACAAUUUUAAUCUCAAUCCUAACCUUAGACUUAAUUAUUCGUUGGGGUUUGAAAAUUUUAGAAGUCUAUUUAGGAGAUGGGCGUUUAGGCCGACUAUUAAUUGGGAAAAAUGUACUUAAUAAUACACAAAAAGCUUUGGAUGCUACGGCAUCUACUAAUCACUCUCAUGACAUAAAAGAAAAUGGCUUGAGACAAGAAAACAAACAAGAGGUUAAAUCAUGGAUCCCCAAGGUAUCUAAGUAUCCUAGUCCAGACAUAACACCGGAUCAAGUAGUCAACACACUUACAAUAGGACAUCAAAUAAAUUCAGUCUAUCCGAGUACCGCAGUCACAAGAAUUUUAAUUAAUAAUAAACCGCUUAACUGCUUAAUUGAUACUGGUGCAAGCAUUUCAAUUGCUCCUCUAUCCUUAGCUAAAUUUUUAGAAGCAAGUAUAGAACCCACAAAAAUAGGUAUAACCUCCGCCUCAGGGCAUGAAAUCUCAGCUAAUGCAUCAAUGCACGUUCUUAUGGAUAUAAGUGGUCAUAAACAAAUUGCUAAAAUUAAUCUCGUAGAGGACAAUCAAUUAAUUGAGAGGCGAAAUUACCAAUUAAUAAUAGGAUGCGACGUACUAAAAACAUUGCCGACGGUAACUUUUGACUUUCCAAAAGGUAAAAUUUGGAUUGGAAAUAAAUCACUAAACUUGGGCACAGGUAACCUACCUUUAUUAACAAAUGUUAGGAUUGCAACUCUUGAAUCUAUAACAAUUCCUCCAGGGACAAAUAAAAUAGUCAAUGCGAAACUCGAAACAACUUGCGACUUUGAACAUGCAAUUUCACAUUCAUUAGAUGAACGCUUAAGUUCUGAAAAUCUCGGUCUAAUUAGUACUGUAUUUAAAGCUUCCGACAAAAUUGCUAGUUUAUUAAUAACAAAUCCAACUAACGCCCCUAAACAUAUUUGUAAGGGCAUGCACAUAGCCUAUGCUAAUGAACUAAAGGAAAGUGAUGAAGGGCCGUGGUUAACAGAAAAUACUAAAAAUAAUUUUAGUGAAUUAAAUAAAUUUCGUGUACUUGAAAAUAUGGUUAAUGCUUUAGACGAAGACCCUGCUUUUAAAAUAGAUUUUUCAAAAAGUUCCGUUACGGGAAAUGACUUACAAAAAUUAAAGGACCUAUGCGAGGAAUUCUCUGACAUAUUUAGUAAAAGUCAAUAUGAUCUUGGGUCAUGCUUAGUAGGGGAGCAUGACAUAAUUACAACCACUGAUGAACCAAUUUCUACUAGACCUCACAGAGUUCCAUUUAAGUAUCAAGAAGAAUUCCACGAACAUAUUGACAAAUUACUUAAAUCAGGGGUUUUAAUUAAGUCUGAUACACCAUGGGUUUCAAACAUUGUUCUUGUCCAGAAAAAGGACGGAGGACUCAGACCAUGCAUAGACUUUAGGAAACUCAACGAAAUAACUGUUCCGGACCACUUUCCACUUCCUAGAUUUGAAACAAUUAUGGAAAAAGUAGGAAGUUGUAGCUUUUAUUCACUGCUAGAUUUGUCCAGUGGCUAUUUACAAAUUAGGCUCACUGAGCGAGCGUCACGCAAAUGUGGACUCAUAACUGAAAAUGAAAUUUAUCAAAUGACUCACAUGCCUUUCGGACUUAAAAAUGCGACAAGCGCGUUUGCACGUGUAAUGGCACAUGUAAUUAGUGGACUUGAAGAUAGUGUCAUAGCUUAUGUAGACGACUUUUUAAUUUUUACCAAAGCUCCUGAAUUUGAAAAGCAUCUCGAUGCCCUUAGGCAAGUAUUUGACAGAUUAAGGAAAUAUUAUCUGAAAGACACACAAUUAAUUCCUCAGGCUAUUCCCCAAGUCUAAGCAAAGUAGAAACAAUAACAAACCUUCCAGUACCUAAAACCCUCAAGGAAGUAAGACAUUGUGUUGGGAUGGCUUCCUUUUUCAGAAAACACAUACCAAACUUUUCAAUGAUUGUUGAGCCACUCACUAGACUCACACGAAAGGAAAUCACAUUUAAAUGGGAAGAAGAACAGCAAAAAGCUUUUGAAGAAAUUAAAAAGAUUUUAAGCAGCGAACCAGUUCUUGUAUUUCCCAACUACAAUGAACCAUUUCAUGUUUUCACG